AGGUCUUCCACUUAAGCUGUUCAGAUCUGAUCUUUUGACAAAAAAUUCUAAAAAGUUUUACUUGAAUCUGGAUUUUUUGUAUAAAAUAGAGUGGGAUCGAAAAAGGAGAUCAUUCUUUUCGUUUCCUCCAAACUAAGAAAACACACCUCUCAUCAUGAACUCCCUUAUUUGCUUGUUUGCUGUUUUGGCUGUCGCUAACGCUGGAUACCUCGCCGGCAACAACUUGUACAGCAGCGGUCUCUACGGCUCUGGAAGCUACAUCUCCAACCCUGCAGUCCAAUACGUUCACUCUGCUCCAUCAGUCCAGGUUGUCCGUGCUGCUGCUCCAGUCUACCACUCAGCUCCAGUUUACCACUCAGCUCCAGUUUACCAAUCUGCUCCAAUCGCAUCUGCCCAAAUCGUUGCUGCCCCAUCAGUCUACCGUUCAUCUCCAAUCAUUUCAUCAUACUCAGCUCCUCUUGCCGCUUCAGUCCCACUUACCCACUCAUACGGACUCUCAUACGGUUCAUACGGACCAAAGUACGCCAACUACGCCAUUGGUGGCCCCAGCUUCAGUUUUCUUAAGGGAGGAUACUUGAAACGUCAAUUCCUUAUUUGCUUGUUCGCUGUUGUGGCUGUUGCCAACGCUGGUUACUUAGCCGGAAACAACGUUUACGGUAACGGACUCUACAGCUCUGGAAGCUACCUCUCCAACCCAUCAGUGCAAUACGUUCACUCUGCUCCAUCUGUCCAAGUUGUCCGUGCCGCUGCUCCAGUCUACCACUCUGCUCCAGCUGUCCAAGUUGUCCGUGCUGCUGCUCCAGUCUACCACUCAGCUCCAGUUUACCACUCAGCUCCAGUUUACCAAUCUGCUCCAAUCGCAUCUGCUCAAAUCAUUGCUGCCCCAUCAGUCUACCGUUCAUCUCCAAUCAUUUCAUCAUACUCAGCUCCUCUUGCCGCUUCAGUCCCACUCUCCCACCAAUACGGACUCUCAUACGGUUCAUACGGCCCAAGGUACGCCAACUACGCUCUUGGUAGCCCCAGCAUCAAUGCUCUUAAAGGAGGAUUCUUGAAACGUCAAUAAAAAGCUACAAAAUAGCAAUUAAAAAUUAAA